GGAGCAGUUUACUUCUUGAAACACACCGGCCAGCAUCACCAUCAGGCAUACCUGUCCGCGGUGGCCGUUAAGUAGCAAGAAUCCAAGACUUGUUUGAGUGCAACACCUUUUGGUUUCUGCCUGUUUGUACUGUCGUAUUGUUGUCGCGGUGUCCCCCAUUCCAUAGCCGCUACAAGAACAAACCAUUGACCGAUAAACGUUUUAACAUUUACAAAGUCGUAACUCGUGCGCGUUACAGCAUUUUUCAGGUGUUCUAUUGCACACAAGAUACAUUUAGUGUUGUUGUUUUCCAUAUGUGUUUCUUGUAUAUUUACAUGUUUCCAUGUUGACAUAGAAGCGAGUCCACACGGUCGGCAAAUUUACAUUUAUCGACUUGAUUGCUUGGUGCUUGAGGUGCGAAUGUGGACUUCAGUUGGCAAGGCACUAGUGAAUUUUCUUAAGAAGUUUGAUUACCGUUAAGUGUCUUAAAGUUGCAAGCGAUAUCCACUACUAUUCAUUACAAGCUACCUUUCAGGUAGACACAAAUUGGAAUAGCUGUACUUUUCGAAAGGGCAAAAUGCGUCAGAGAACGAAAUAUCGUAAAGAGGGAUCUCGUUCAAGAUCCAAAGACCCGAUCUAUCACACACCAGCUGAUUUCGAAAAUGAACUCCUCUAUGGAUCUUUAUACCCAUCGCAGAGAUAUUAUAUUGAUCCUUGGGAUUUAGAAAACUAUGAUUACGUUCGCAAGCAAAUCAGCAUAUCUCCGGAGAUUUCGACACCAAGUCCCGCAGGAGAACCUAUGCCGUCGGCCUUUCAUUACAUGACAAACAAUACAAACAGUCCUGUGGAUUGUCCUGCAUGUUGCGCUGGAUUUGAUGAACAAACCUUUUACAAUGCCAAAUAUGAAACUAUACCUGAUGAUGAGCCAGUAUACAGUUCAUAUGGAGAAUUCGAGUCUAGAUCAUCUCCAGACAGCCGAAGCUCCUAUGUAGACAGUGGAUCCUCAGCAGCCCUACGGCUCCAUACACCUGGAUUUGGGCCAGCAUCGGGAAGACGACGCUUGGUACUACCAAAACCACCACCACAACUGGAAUUCCCAGCGCCUCCAUCCUAUGAUUAUUGCAUCCCCAUGUCUGAAAAUAAUUAUUGCAGCUUGUCCGAAUGUUACGAUUGCCUCUCUGAGAAUAUUCCUCUCUACGCUUCGUCCACAUACCGAUCCGGACGGUCAUCGUUUUAUAAACCACAUCGCUUUGGACUGAGCAAGAAAGGAUUACUCCAGAUUGAUUAUUCCUGUAAUUGGAACGAUCUAGACCGGCUGAUUACCAAAUAAGAUGCAGAAAAGAAUGAGAAAUUAAAUCAUAAAACGUAAGACAUCUAGAUGAUUUGGGGGUAGGAGGGUAUGGAGUUUAAGUUAAUAUAAAGUUAUCAAGUUAGGGCAUUCGAACGUGAGCUACUUUUAAUCAUAUUUACACCAUUUCUUUCCAAUAACGUGCUAAGAAAUAAAUGGUCGUGAAUAGUGAACAGGUUUUAAUUUAGGUAAGACAUUUUACAUUCCAAUAUACAUAUUUUUGUACUUUGUAAUUUUUCGUUUUUCACAUAAGAUUAUACUUUGCAUUUAUUAACCCUUUUUCUUGAAUUUUAAUUCAUGAGAUAUUUCCAUUCAUAAUUAACACAAAUUUAUUUGAAUCUGUCCCUGAAUUACUAAUUCCGGGUACAAAUAUUUAGGCCUCCAUAGAAUGGCUUCUCAAUUUCAUUCUAUUCCACUCACUUAAAUAUUCAAAUAUUCAUUCAAAUUCUUAUCUAAAUUUAAAACGUGUCUAGUUUGCUUAGUCAAAGCAUAGUGAGACGCUCUUCAAAAAAUUUAAAGAAAUAAUUAAAUUAUUUCCCAUUAGUACCAAAAAUCUACCCAAGAUACAGAUGUAAAUUUACAUACAACAUAUGUAUAUCUUGUAGAUUGGUCUAAAUAUUUCCAUCUGGUUGAAAACAAUUUUGUUAUUAUUUAUUUAAAACAAAUCAUGAAUUUUGUAUGUUUAAAGAGCAUUAAAUAAAGAAUAAAUCCUAUUAAA